AUGCGGGCACUCAAGAGGACGAGAACGGCGUCCACGAUGACGAUGGUGGUUGUCUUGAUGUCCAUAACAAACAUGAAUUGUAUCCUUCUGGCCAAUGCAGGCGAUGACAGCAAUCCUGUCUUCGAUCCAUGUUUCGAUGCCGCCGUGGCUAAGUGGGUACAUGGUGGCAUUUGUUGGGAGGAACUUUGCAGCGAGAUCAGUGUUAAUUUAUAA